AUGUUGCGUUUCCAGCAGAUGCUGACGUUGCAGCUGCUGAAGCUGGACGAGGCACAUCUUCGCAUGCUGAUGUCAGCAGUCAACAGCAACCCAGGAGACGAGCUGUGUGCCCCGUUUGCAAGGCGAGGGGGGGGGCCUCAUUGGCUGACGAGGCGGGAGAGGUUCAAAUUGUCUCUCUCGCUGAAAUGGCCUCCUCCGUUGCUGGGUCUGCUUGUAGUAUCAAUCACGCCACUGCUGCUGCACCCUUCCCUCCCUUACCCUGCACGCAUCUUCCUCCAGGCCGCGCCGCUCUCCAUCAUCCAUCACGUCAACCUCGCCGCUGCUGACUUCGACCAGCUACCCAUCCUGCCCUUUGAUUCUGCACAACAAGGGGCCUUCGAACCUGCGGCUGAGGCAGCUGCGGGGAGCCAUGCUGAGGGCAGGCAUGGAAGCAGCGGGGGUAGGAUCAUCAGCGCGUUUGUGCCCUCUGGGGAGCAUUGCAAGCGGAGGCGCCUUUACACCAGCUCGCCUAUGGCAGUGGCACCAGCGCUGCCAUCGCCUGCACCAUCUCCGUCACCCCUGUGUGCAGCUCAGGGUGCAGAGAGCACGAGAGGGAGGGCAGGCGGAGCGGGCAAGGGCGGGUGGCAGCAGCGGGGGCGGCACCGAGUGGCGGAGAGUGCGCCGACGGAGAGUGUGGUGCACGCGUGGAUGACUGUGGAGCUGCAGGCGCUCAUGAAGGUCAGUGAGCGUUCUUGCGCUUGUGUGUGCGUGCGAGGGUGGUUUCCGUGUGGUGGGAUGGAUGAGUGGGAGGGGAUGCUCGUCAGUGUGCUUGCCAGCACAGUUGGGGAAAGAUCCGCCGUGCAGCCACUUGUCACUGCCCGCCCACCCCUCAUUGCUCGCCCCCCACUCACUGGCACUCCCCGUCCCCCUGUGGUGGCCCGCCUGUCUGCGCUAGCAGAGGCUGCUCGCCCCUUCCUGUUCGACCGUGCCUUUGCCUUCGCUGUCCGCCUCUUCUCCUUCGCGCACCCGCAACCUGCUGCUGGUGCUGCUGCUGCUGGGGCAGGAAAGCAACAGGCGGUAGGGCGAGAGGAGCAAUCAAAAGGGCCAGGAAGUGCAAGUGGGAGGGAGUCUGGGAAAGAAGGUGCAGGCGAUGGAGGAGGAGCAUCGGAAAACUCACAAGGGCAGAUGGGCGUAGUGGGGAGCAGAGAGGCAGCAGAAGGCGGUGCAUGUGGGGUGGAACAAGCAGGGCGGCAGGGAGCAGGUGGUGUGAGAAGGGGGGGGAAGGAGCAGCUGGCAGUGGGAGAAGGGAGGUGGCGGAGGGUGGUGGUGGAAGAGAGGGCAUCGGAGGAUGUGUUUGGGGAGCUUGAGGGCGCUGAGGAUGGCGGUGAUGAUGGGGGCGAUGAUUUCAACGGUGACUGGGAUGAGUAG